AUGCACACUCAUUAUCACAACCUUAUAUGCCACCACACUCAUUCUGGCCCAUCCACAAAAACAGUUUGUGCAGAUUUUCUAAUAUCUCAGUUUGUGAUUGGAAUCAUUGUUCGGGAAUGUGUUUAUAAUUUCAGCCCUCCCCAGUACUACUACUACAUAGACGACACCUUCAUAAGAGUCGACAGAGAAGAGGACCUUGAAACUUUAAGAAAGACUUUUGAAGAAUGCUCCAUCCUCCACUUCACGUGUGAACGCAGCGUUGACGGUGCCCUACCCUUCAUGGACGUUCGGGCGAUUCCAGGUCUUCUCUUCAUGUUCAAAGAGUUCCAGAAUCCAGGGCUUCCAGAGCGUUUUGAACCAUCCAGUCGACUGGAAAAAUCAACGAACCUGACAGUCCGAGUGGAGAACCCUCACACAGGUGUGGUGAGCAAACGAGCAGGUAACAAAGAGGACCUGGGCAUAGAGGAGCCGUCGACAGUCGGUUUCGAUUCCUCUUUCCCUGUGCUGGUGGACCCCCUCGACCCAUCCUCAGCGGCUUCGAGGGCUUCCAUCUCACUGCCCCUUCAGGUAGUGGACGCGAACAUGACUUCCCUAGUGACGCCGCGGCUCACCAGAGCUCCACACUGCGGCUCGCACGAGCCAGAGACGUGUACUCCUGCGUCAUGUCUUAACGGGGGAAGGUGCAUCAAGACUGUGAAUGGUAACAGGUGUGUGUGCCCAGGUGGGUCCUGGGGUUACCAGUGCAAAGUCCUCACUCGAACCUUCAGAGGCUCAGGAUUUGCGUGGAUCCAGCCUCUGCCAUCUUGCAUACCCACCACAAUAUCCUUUCGAGUCCUCACGAGGAAGCAGGAAGCUCUCCUUCUCUACGCUGGUCCCUCGUUCACUUAUUCUCAAAGCCCUCUUUCUACUCCUACGCCAUUACUCGCUCUGCAGCUGGUUGAGGGCAAGGUGCAGAUGGUGAUAGAUGGUGGAGCAGCGCCACUCAAGUUGCAGGUGGAGAGGAGUGUCAAUGAUGGGGAGUGGCAUAGCAUACAUACGAGGCUCGAUGAUCAGGGCGCCUCCCUCAUGGUGGACCAAUUAAGUGGAGAAUUGGACGUCAACAACAACAACAACGUGAAGGACUCUCAGAGUGUUACUUGGGCACAGUGGAGAGAUCCCAAUGAUUCAGAGUUGUGGUUCAGUGGCUCUCCUAUUCAGAUCGGGGGAUUGGCCCAUAGACGCCCCACCUCAGAAGACCAUGGCUGGAAGGAGGCUCCCAUCUCUCAGCCACUGGAUGGAUGCCUCUCGCACCUGGUUAUAAAUGGUCAGCUGAUGGAUUUGGGCGAACCUGCUCUGAGCAAAGACAGUGUGGCAGGGUGUCUGCCACAAGAGGCCUCUUGUUCCUAUGGCUUGGGUGCUUGUGGAGUCAGAGGAACUUGCCUUGGGGGUCUAAGUACACCAGAGUGUCACUGUGAUCCAGGAUGGACUGGCCCUAAGUGUAACAGACGCACAGUCCCGGCUAGACUGGGGUCUAAGUCGUACGUGAAAUUGGUCUUGUCGUUCACGCCUUCAUCAAGAAGCGUCAGCGUCCAAGUACGAAUAAGGACCAGGGGGGGAAAGUCUGGUCCUAUCCUUCAUUUAGGAUCUAAAAUUAACGCUGCUAGCUUUUCACUACGAUUACAGUCUGGAAUCGCCUGUGCCUCUAUGAGACAUUCAGACAUUCCCACGGAGUCAGUCUGCAUAAGUGGACGUCCUCUCGGCGACGGAUUGUGGCAUACCCUCAGGGCAGAGUGCCAGGGCCGGAAUAUGAUGAUAAGUGUCGAUGACGGAGACGGAAUCAGGCAAAAUACUUCCUUACCAUCUCUUUCAAAUCACCAUCCGCUCGGUGAAGGAUACCAACAAGAAUUUGAUGGUUUGAGCAGUCUGCCUCUGCCGUUUGUAAUUGACCAGCUUAGUGGUGUUACAGUGGGAGAGGGCCCUGAUCUUAGAGAUGAAGGACUCAGACAAGAUGGUGAUGACUUGGAGGGAACGUGUCUUGACGAUCUUCGAAUAUCCGGCCGUCCGCUCCCUCUGGCACCGACGCUAAACAGAACGAGCUGGGCUGAGAUACUAACUUUCAAAAGGAUCGAGUCCGGUUGCAAAUCCAGAGACGCCUGCCAAGAUAUUGCAUGCGCCGCCCCUCUCUCUUGCAGCAACAAUUGGGGAAGACCCAUCUGCAGUUGUGGCGAGGGGCGCCACCUGUCGGGCCGAACUUGCGAGGACAUCGACGAAUGCCUGUGGGGACCCUGUCUUCAUGGAGGCUCCUGCUACAACGCGAAUCCAGGAUUCCAUUGCGUCUGCGGACCGAGUUACGCCGGGGAAUAUUGCCAGUGGAACAAUCACCAUUCCCAAGCGCACCCACUCGCCGCUCCGACAGCAAUCGCUGCCGUAACUCUGUCCCUACUGCUCUUUGUCUUUGUCGGAGUCUUCAUCUCCUUCCGCCUAAGACGCCACUGGAUGACGAAGAAACUGGCUCCAGAAGGCGAGGCAUCUGCCACUGGAGACGAGGGCAUUAUCGGGCAGGAAGAUGCCACGAUCAUUGAAGUCAAAGGGGGCACGGAGGAAGGAGGGGGAGGAGGAGGAGGGGGUGGAGGUGGGGUAGGGUAUUCGUGCCCGGAGAAAGAAAAGCAAGUGGUCCUCGAAAGUCUCCAUCUUCAGUUGCCUGGAAUUCAGCAAACUGCGCCAAGUGAAGACAAGGGCUCGAACUCAAAUCUGGUCAGGCAGCCGCUGAGCCAAGAGUCGUUAGCGAAAGCAGCAGCCCACCUCUUGGAAGGGAGGUCACUGGAUGACCCCGUGGCGGCCAAAGAUGACCUCCGUGCUUAUGCUUACGAAGGGGAGGGGUCGUCAGCAGGCUCGCUCUCGUCUGCUCUGUCAGGUAAUGAUGAUUGUUUUGUGAUUUUCUUCAUUUUUUUAAACAGAUUUUUGGUUACGUUAUCAGGUUUAUGUGCAUCGUAUUUUGUCCUGCGUUUCUUCAUUAUUUUUAAGUAUUUAAGUUAUGUUAAGAGGUUCACAUGCGUCGUUUUGAAACUGCGUUAUUCCUUUGUGAAUUAAAAGUACUUUUCUUUCUCCCUUCACUUAAUGAUAAUACUAGCUGUUCUUUCAGUUGUCUGUAAAAGAAAACUAUUGAGAUGGCUAUUUUGUCUGACUGGCCGCACUUUUUCUGCCCGUCCUCGUAUCUUAAAACCUACUGAGGCUAGAGGGCUGCAAACUGGUACGUUGAUCAUCCACCUCCCAAUCAUCAAACAUACCAA